AUGGCGACCAACCCGUUCACCUCAUCCCCCCUCUCUUCCUCGGCGGGCUACGAACGAGAUGAGCUCGAGGAGUUUCGUUCCUCUACAACUGCAGCCGACGAUCACGAGUACCAACGGGUCACCAGCCACCACUCCGUCAUCUCGCUCCAGCACCACAACCAAGCCAUCACCUCCUCGCCCACCACCAUCAGCAGCCCCGCCUUCCCCACACAAAUUCCCAAUCUCCAGAUUGACAGAGAUGAUGCAGGCUUGCUCCUGCCUUCAUCUGCCUCUUCAAUGGAUGACGACCUCUACCUCAUGGCGGAGAAGAUGAUGCAUCUGCCUCCAUCAUCUGCCGUGGCCCACGAGGCCGGCCACGGGCGGCUGGCUCGGUGGUGUCCGCCCCUGCGCCCGCUGGGCCGGCUGCUGCGGUGGCUCAACCCCCGCAUACGGCACACAAACCCAUCGGGCGGCUCCCUGGCCGGGUACUGGUACAUCAGCGCCGAGCAGCACGUCCUCGAGUUCCUCCUCUUCAACCUCACCUUUGCCGGCCUCCUCGUCUACUUUGGCAUCAACCUCGUCGCACACGCGCCGGAAAAGACCCCGGCGGAGCCCACGGGCACGAUCAUCAUGUACGUCCUGGCGGGCCUGCUGAGCCUUUCCUUCCUCUACACCAUCUUCUACAAGUGGAUGACCAAGAGCCUCAUCUUCCUCCUUCAACCGUGCCACGUCAUCACGACGGUGGAGCUGUUGGUGCUGUUCGCGCCGCACGGGUCGUUCAUAGACAUGACGAUCGUGUUCAACCUCAUGCUCUACUGGGUGUGGAACCCGCUGAUCGCGAUCCUGCAGCCCGACCUGCGCGACUACAAGCACUUCCGGGACUUGUUCAACUACUUCUUCCAGCACGCGCUCAUCAUUCUCAUCCCCUUCUACCUCCUCUUCACGCGCCAGUACGACCUCUACCACUGGUCGUGGGAGAACCUCGUCCACCACUGUGGGCUCAUCAUCGCUGACAACGACGACGACGAUGACGAUGUGCAGGUGUCGUUCAACUUGCAGGUCCUCUAUCACUUCUUCGUGCUGGAGGUCGUGAACCUCUUCGCGUGCACCAAUCUCAACUACAUGAUGGCGCCUCCACCAGGUCCGCUGGAGUGGUUUGGUCCGUGGUACCGCGUGGUAAUGACGUGCCUGUCGUUUGGCCUGACCGUGGGCCAGCGCCUUCUGCUGGUCGACGGCGGCCGGUGGCUUCUCGGAGACAUCCUCUAUGAUCAUGUCUUCCACUACUUCCCCUGA